CUGAGAAAUAACAAAACCAUUCGAACCCUAAACUUUUUCACCGAACCUCUUCUUCUCUGUUUCUCUGUCGCCGUUGCUUCGCCAUCGCCGCUACCAUUUGUCCUGAGGUUUACAGCAUUUUGUCUAAUCUCCUGUGUGGGAGAGCAAUGACUAAAAUUCGUGGGACUGAUAUGGCAAAGAAAAGGGGUAAAAUUGAUUCUGAAUCAGAUAUCAAGUCUAUGGCUCAUCAGCAUGCUGAAUUUUUCGAUAAGUUGAUAGAGCUCAUCCCUGCGAGAUUCUACUUACCUGAUGAGACAGAAAGAAAGUGGUUUCCAGGUCUUAGCAAGGCUCAAAAAGCUAAAGCUAAGAGAAAAACAAACGAGAAUCUAAAGAAAGCGAGGAGAGAUAGGUUGGACCCAGAGAAGUCUGCUUUGACGACUCUGGAUUUGCUGAAGCAGAAAAUAGAAAAGGAAAAAUUGAGUAAUGAGCUUCCUAAUGAUGACAGUGAGGAAGAAACAGAUAACAACAAGCCUAAGACCGCUGGUUUUCAAAGAGAUGAUUCCGUUACGUAUGAGGAGCUGAGGCAACGUCUCCACCGCAAAAUUGAUGCGCUUAAAGGUGGUCGUGGAGGUUCAGAUAGACCAAGAAGCCAUGAAAGAAGGAAGAAGAUCUUGCCAAAUAAGAGAAAGAGGGACUCGGUUUCUGAGGAGAAGACUGUUGAGGAGAAUAAGUUAGCAGAUAAAGGUAAGGGUAAGUUGGAUGUGGAAGAGGCUGCUAAGGACCUUACUUUUGGCUAUGUCAAGAUUGAUGACGAUGAGGAACAUGGAAAAGAUAAAAAGAAACGGAGGCUUUCUAAGGCAAAAGAGCUUGAAAGGGCUUUGAAGUUAGAGGCUGCAAAGAAGGAUCCAGAAAAAGGUGAAGUAAUUGCAAAGAAGCACUCAUGGAAGGCAGCUACAAGCAGAGCAGCUGGUAUGAAGGUUCACGAUGACCCAAAGCUAUUGAAGCAAAGCAUCCACAAAGAAAAGAAGAGGCACGAGAAGAACGCAGAGAAGUGGAAGGAAAGAGUUGAAGGACAACAAAAGGUUAGAGUGGAGAAGCAGCAAAAGAGAUCAGGGAAUAUUGCCGAUAGGAUUGAACAGAACAAGCUGCGGAAAAUCGCCAAGAGGGAGAAAAAGCUCCUGCGUCCUGGCUUCGAAGGCCGCAAAGAAGGGUUUAUCAAUGAAGGUGGAAAGUAAUACUGAAAGUUUCCAUAUGCCUUUUUGUGUUCCAACAUUUCAAAGAUGUGAUCGUCAUCACAAAGGCUGUGAAGAGGGUUUGCACAUCUGAAAUAGAAAAACAUCUAUUGCCAUUUAGGGAAUUUUAAAGUCCCCAGCAAGAUCUGUUAUCUUUUAUUACGUUUUGUUUUGCAAUUUGUAGUCUUAUUAUAUGUUCCAUUUGCUACUCAAUGCGUUCCUUGCAGUGAAUGCUCUUAUCAGGCUUUGAAACUAUACAAAAUUUGCAGGUUCUAAA